AUGUAUUCAUUCUUUUUCUUCUUCCUCUUCUUCCACCUUUUUCUUCUUCUUUUUCUCUUUCCUCUUCUUCUUUUACUCUUCUCUCCCGCCUUUUCCUUAUUCUUCUUCUUCAUCUUUUAUUCCUUCUUUCUUCCUUCUUUUUCUCCUCCACCUGCUCCCUUUCCUUCUUCAUAUUUUCCUCCUCCUCCUUCUUUCUUCUCUACUUUUCGUCUUCUUCAUUUUUUCUCACUCCUCCUCCCCCUGCUUCCCCUUCUUCUUCUUCUUCUUCUUCUUCUUCUUCUUCUUCUUAUUAUUAUUAUUUUGUUAGAGAAUAUUGGUUAUAUCUUCUUCUUCUUCUUCUUCUUCUUCUUCUUCUUCUUCUUCUCUUCCACCUCCCCAUUCUUCUUCUUCUUCUUCUUCUUCUUCUUCCACCUCCCCAUUCUUCUUCUUCUUCUUCUUCUUCUUCUUCUUCUUCUUCUUCUUCUUCUUCUCUUCCACCUCCCCAUUCUUCUUCUUCUUCUUCUUUAUUUUUUUUCAACUUUCGAUUUUCUUCUUUUACUUCUUUCAUUCCUCUUUUUUCGUCUAGACUCUCGACCUCACAUUAUUCUUAUCCUCUGCAUUUCUUCUUCUUCUUCUUCUACUUCUUCUUCUUCUUUUUCAUCUUGUGGUCUAGUUAUUCCUAUUUUUUUUUUGUUUUUCUUCUUUCUUUCGUUUUUCUUUUGCUUCUUCUUCACCUCUUCUGUUUCAUUCUUCUUUUUUGUCUGGAACUGUUAUUCCUAUCCUCUGGAUGUCUUUUUCUUUUCUUCUUCUUCUUCUUCUUCUUCUUCUUCUUCUUCUUCUUCUUCUUCUUCUUCAGCACGUGUUAAUCCUGUCCUUUAUAUUUCUCUUUCUUUCGUUUUUCUUCUGCUUCUUUUUCUUCUUUCGUUUUUCUUUUUCUUUUUUUCAUCUUCAGUCUCUGUUUUUCUUUUUCGUCUAGAGUUCGUGUUAUUGCUCUCCACCUGGGAUAUUUCUUCUUUCUCUUCUUUUUUUCUUUUUUUUCUUCUUAUUUCUUCUUCUUCUUCUUCUUCUUCUUCUUCUUCUUCUACUGUUGCUGCUACUGCUGUUGCUUCAGUUAUUCAUCAUUUCGUUAUGAAAAUUUAA